UCUUCGUUUGGUUUCUCAGUGUUUAACUUGAUGAAUGCCAUCAUGGGAAGUGGGAUCCUUGGCUUGUCCUAUGCUAUGGCCAACACAGGGGUCAUGGGGUUUAGUAUUUUGCUGCUGAUUGUGGCUGGCCUUGCUUCUUACUCAGUAUUUCUUCUGCUCAGUAUGUGCACUCAGACUGCUGUCACUUCUUACGAAGACCUCGGCCUGUUUGCGUUUGGAUCAACUGGAAAGGUCCUUGUUGCAACUACAAUAAUUAUCCAGAAUAUUGGAGCUAUGUCAUCUUAUCUUUUAAUUGUUAAGUCUGAACUUCCUGGUGCUGUUGCGGGAUUCUUAAGUGGAGACGAGAGCGGGUCUUGGUACCUCGAUGGGAGACUGCUGCUACUGAUUACUUCAGUCUGCAUUGUUUUUCCUCUCGCACUUCUUCCUAAAAUUGGCUUUCUUGGCUACACAAGUAGUUUAUCAUUUUUCUUUAUGGUGUACUUUGCUCUUGUGGUUAUGAUAAAAAAAUGGUCAAUCCCGUGUCCUCUACCUCUAAAUAGUGCCAUAGAGAUUUUACAGGUUUCAAAUUCUACUGGGGAUUGUAAAGCAAAGCUCUUUCAUAUUUCAAAAGAGAGUGCUUAUGCAAUACCAACUAUGGCCUUCUCUUUUCUCUGCCAUACCUCAGUCUUACCCAUCUAUUGCGAGCUCCAAAGUCCAUCCAAAAGUAGAAUGCAGAAUGUAACUGUCACUGGAAUUGGUCUGAGUUCCCUCAUUUACUUUAUGUCUGCUCUGUUUGGGUACCUGACAUUUUAUGACAAAGUGGACUCUGAAUUGCUACAAGGUUACAGCAGGUACCUGCCACAUGAUACUGUCAUCAUGACUGUUAAAGUGGCCAUACUGUUUGCUGUGCUUUUGACAGUCCCUCUAAUCCAUUUCCCAGCAAGGAAAGCUGUAUUGAUGGUAUUUUUCUCUCAUCUUCCUGUGUCGUGGAUUUGCCAUAUCCUUGUCACUUUAACGCUGAAUACAAUUGUUGUUCUGUUUGCAAUGUACGUGCCAGACAUUAAAAACGUGUUUGGAGUAGUUGGUUCAACCACAUCAACAUGUUUGCUUUUUGUAUAUCCUGGACUAUUUUAUCUUAAACUUAGCAGAGAGGACUUUUUAUCACCACAGAAACUUGGGGCGUGUGCAUUGGUUGUUUUUGGCAUUUGUGUUGGCCUUCUCAGUUUAGUUCUAAUAAUUUUCAAUUGGAUUGAUCAAUAA